AUGGCGGCAGAGCAGAGGAAGCUGCUAGAGCAGCUCAUGGGAGCCGACCAGCUCAUGGGCUUGGGAGCGGCGUCUCGCAACACGCAGCUCACCAUCACUGACCCCAAGAUCUGUCGAUCGUACCUUGUUGGCACGUGUCCGCACGAUCAGUUUACCAAUACCAAGCAAGAUCUGGGUCCGUGUCCGAAAGUCCACAGCGAAGGUCUGAAGGCGGAAUAUGAGGCUGCUUCCGCCAGCGACAAGGCUAAAUGGGGCUUCGAUUACGAUUAUAUGCGCGACAUACAGAAGUAUAUCGAUGAAUGUGACAGGCGCAUUGAUUCUGCCCAACGCCGGCUGGAGAAGACCCCGGAUGAGAUUCGGCAGACUAAUAAUCUGUUGAAACAAAUAUCCGAACACACGAAGACCAUCAACUCCGGUCUUCUGGAGGUAUCAGUACUCGGCGAAAUGGGCUCUGUGUCGCUCGCUAUGAACGAACUUUUCCGGAUCCGCUCCGCAAAACACCAGAAGGAGACGUGCGAGCGCGAACUCAAAACGUUGUCGGAUACAUCGGGCCCUUCCGGUCACCAAAAGCUCCAGGUCUGUGACGUUUGCGGUGCGUAUCUAAGUCGUUUGGAUAAUGAUCGUCGACUGGCGGACCACUUCUAUGGAAAAAUGCACAUGGGCUAUUCGGACAUGCGCAAGACAUACAAGAAACUCAGUGCGGAGCUGAAAGGAAGACCGCCCGCGGCGAGACAUGACGAUGGAUACGGCGAUGACGGAGGCUGGGGAGGCCGCGGAGGUGGAGGAGGCGGUGGUAGAGGAUAUGGACGAUCUGGUGGCGGAGGAGGCUAUAGGAAGAAAGGAGGAGGAGGUGGUGGUGGUUAUGGAGGGAACAGAUGGUAA